AACUUCUCGCGUGGGGAGUGUUACUAGAGUGACCGCGCGCACCGAUUUAGCAUCCUUAACUUAGGGAAACUGUUGAUCGACAGUCACUAGUUUGAAGAAAGUAGCUCAGCACCUCUGGGGUAUAACCUGGACACUAGAAAUUAGUUUUCAAAAAAUGCCAAAGUUUCGCAUCUGUAAAUUCUCUGUCCUUUGAUAGAUGAAUGUUCCUUACAAUUGGUUGAAUUUACAUGGCGUAAUAAACGUUUGUAUUUGAAAAUUAUCACUGAAAUAUGAGUGUUUCGAGUAAAGUAUUUUAUAAAAAAAUCAAAGAUUUACAUCCAGAACUUUCAAGUAGCGUUUUACCAGAGAUAUUGGAUAAAUAUUGCCAGCAUCCACUGGCACAGCCGUUUUUAAAAUGGUUCAACGAAAAUGUGAAUUUCAUAAAUAUUCUGUCAAAUGAAGAACUUCAAAUAAAGAACAAGUUACAAGAAUCAAACGAAUGGUUAGAUAAUUUAGAAUUGGAUUGUGCAUUGGAAAAAGUAACUAAAAGUUGUCCUGAUUUAUUAAAAAUUGCUUCUUUUGAUGAUACAGAUAUAAGUGAUCUAUUUGCUGAAUUUGAAAUAGUUAAAAAUGCAUACAUCGUAGACGAUGAUUAUAUUUUAGUGUUACAAAGUGGCAUUGGUAACUUAAAAAAAUUAGUGGCGGAGGUAGAUGAGGAAAUAAAAAAAGAAUCUGAAUGGUUAAACGUAGAACGUAUUGCAACAGACAAAGCAUAUGAAGAUUGUGUUGCAAUAUUGGGCGAUUUUGAUGAGAAUAAUCAUGAAUUUUUUCAUGAAGUUGAAUGCCUUUUAAAUUUAUAUGCAGAUGCAGCUGAAAAUAAAGGAAUACCAUCGGUAUGGACCCAAAUGCCUUUGGAACUUUUUUGUAAUAAUGUAAAACUAUAUAAUAAUUAUUUAGGUGUUUAUGUAAAGAAACAGUUUGACAAUGUUUCUGAGCAAGAACAGGAAAAAGAUUCAAAUUAUGCUUCUUUGAUUAGUAAUAGUCAAGAGGUACAAAUUGACAAUGAAAAAUUACAGGAAUUAACAUUAUGCAAAGCAAAUUUAAUUAAUGUAAAAAUAGAAGAAAUUUUAGCUAAAAUACAAGCAGAAUCUAACAUUGCCAUGUUAGAGUAUGUACAAAGUAUGUAUAAUAAUGGAAAUUUAAAAAUACCUAAACUUAAUGAAUUGAGGACAGAAAUUUUAAUGUUAUCUACAAAGAGAGAUUUCUUAGAAGAAAGUGUAUCUUUACAAGAAGGUCAAUUGUCAGAAAUUAUACAACAGUUUGCAGAAUUACAAAUAACUAAAAUCUUGGAACAAGAUGCUUGUUUAAAGCUUGAACAUAGAAAUGAUAAAUUAAAAAAGAUAAAAAAUUUGCAGUUCCUUACACAGAAAUGCGGACAUACAGAUAUUAAUUUGCUAUAUAUAUUAAUGCAAAUACAGCUUCACAGUCUUACAGAUGUCCUGGAAUUUGUGACUGAUACUAACCACUAUUUAACUACAGAGUAUUUGUUGAAUUAUGCAAGAUGUGUUAGUNNNNAACAACAACAAGAAGAGUAUUCUAUGCUUAUAUCAUCUGCUCCAGAUACAUUUAACUUAUUCAACAAACUUUUAGUUUCUAUGUUGUGUAAUAGUGACAAUGUACAUCAAUUAAAUUCUGCCUUAGAUAAGUACAAUGAACUUAUAAACGAAAAUAAGAACAAAAAGCAAUUCAUAUUGGAAACAGAUAUAAAUUCUAAAAUUGAUAAGUUAGAAAUGUUGGAAAAAGAAAUAAAUGUGAUAUAUACAAGUGAAAUUCAAAGAGGACCAACAUACAGUUUUAAACCAAUUUCAUACGAAAUUGAAACUUCUUAUAAAGAAGUCUUUGAUCAUUUGCAAAGGAUACAAACGGAUUUAACCAAAAUAAGGAAUCAAAUGAAAGAGCAAAUGAAAACUAGUAUGGGUUUCGAACGAGAGAGAAAUCUACUGUGGCAACGAUUUUUGGUUGAUCCAGGCACGUUAAAAAGGAUAUAUAAAGAAGCUGAACAGCUGACAAAUAAGUCUUGUUUUGGAAAUACAUUCGAAAACGAAUAAAACAAGAUUUUUUAGAUUUUAAUGUUAGUAUUGUAAAUAAGCAGAAAUGUUUCAAGUAGCACUAUUCAACUACUUUGACAAUAUGGAUACUAAUUUCUACACGUGAAUAAAAGAACCACAUACUACAAUAUUCAAUAUAUUGAGUAUGAUAUCGGGUGAGAAGACGCGAAUAGUGGGAAUGCUGCCGUAUUGAGGACCAAUAAAUGUAGCAAAUGAAAUUGACUGACACUUUUUGUACAUAAGCAUAUACAAGCCAUUCCAUGUCAAAUUGCAUUAUAUAAACGUAACGUAAAUCUCAUUAGAUUUUUCUUAAAAUUAUUUUUAUUUUAUAGUUUUCAUUUAUACAUUUCAAAGAAUAAACUUUUUUUAAUCUGAUGGAUAACUUUAGGUAAAUACAAAAAUCUGAAUAUAGAUAAUUUAAAGUAAA